AUGCUGCUGUGCAGGGAGCAGCAGCAGCCUGCUGCCUGGCUGUGCAGGCUGCCUGCAGCAGCUUGCUGCUUGCUGCCUGCACAGGCAGGCAACAAGUCGUUGCUGCCUACAGCAGGCUCGACUAAGUCAUUGAACCCCUGUCUCGUCCUCACUCGCAAAACCUUUGCUGCUGACCAAAAUAGAAGUAUUCGAGAAAUGGACCAUACUCAACCCACCACCGACGAUGGCGCCCCCAAUUGCAGUAAUACCGAGCAACCACAAAUAGCGGAUGCGGAAAGCCCUUCGGCGGAAGAUGUCUCUCCCGAGAUUGCAGAUGUGGCAGACACUACAUCAGCUGAUGAAAAGGAGAAUGAAUUGAAGGAAAUGCAGGCCAAGUGGCCCGGGUGGCCCGGGUACACGGUUUACCGGAUAGUGGUGCCGGCGCUGAAAGUCGGCAGCAUUAUUGGGCGCAAAGGAGAUCUCAUCAAGAAGCUGGUUGAGGAGACUCGUGCUAGGGUUCGCAUCCUCGAGGGUCCUUUCACCUGCCCCGAUCGCAUUGACGCUAGAUCAAUUGAUAAACCCAUGGAGAAAACAUUUUUUUCCUGGGUUUGUGUACGCAAGUUUAAUCCAUUACUGUUCNUUGAUAUACUUCUGGUUCUGAUUUCUGGGAAUGAAGAACCAGAAGCACCAUUGUCUCCUGCAAUAGAUGCUAUAUUAUGUGUAUUCAAACGCAUCAAUGGACUACCUGAGAAUGAUGGUGAUGGCGAGGCCCUUGGUGCUGCUGGAAUUGCAUUUUGUUCAAUUCGGUUAUUAGUGGCAUCCUCCCAAGGCAUCAGUUUAAUAGGAAAACAAGGCUCUUUGAUUAAGUCAAUUCAGGAGAGCACCGGUGCUUCUAUCCGCAUCCUCUCCAAUGAUGAAAUGCCAGUUUAUGCCAGUUCUGAGGAAAGGAUUGUCGAAUUACAAGGGGAAGCUCUCAAGGUUCUCAAAGCUCUGGAAGCUGUGGUGGGGCACCUGAGAAAAUUUUUGGUGGAUCAGAGUGUUCUUCCCCUAUUUGAGAAGAGUUAUAAUGCACCACCAGUCACUCAGGAACGUCAAGUGGACACAUGGUCUGACAAGACAUUGCGGCACACUACUCCGAGGACUUCAUAUGGGAAUGAUUAUCCUCUUCAAAUGAAGAGGGAUUCUUUAUUUCUUGAUCAUGAAAGCCAGAUGGAAGCACAUAUUCCUUCUUCUAGAUUCUCAUUGUAUAGAUCAGAUCAUGGACUUGAAAAUCGUUCUUUGGCAGGAAUUGGGCGUUCUGGUGGACCAAUUAUAACUCAGAUUGCUCAGACGAUGCAAGUACCACUUGCUUAUGCAGAGGAUAUUAUUGGAGUUCAAGGAGCAAAUAUUGAUUACAUUCGACGAACUAGUGGUGCCAUCCUCACUGUGCAAGAGAGCAGAGGACUACAUGAUGAAAUCACUGUGGAGAUAAAAGGUACCUCUUCACAAGUUCAAACAGCGCAGCAGCUAAUUCAGGAAUUCACCGGUGGUCAUAGAGAAACAAUUCCUGACACUUAUAGCAACCUGGACUCAAGUUUGAGGCCUUCUUACUCUCAGCUUGGCAUGGACUCAAGUUCGAGGCCUUCCUACUCUCAGCUUGGCAGUGGUUCCUACUCGUCCUCAUCGAACAGAGAACAACAUUAUGAUGGCUAUGGAUCAUCUGGCCUCGGAGGAUAUCGUAGUUUUAGGCUAUGA